AUGACUGCUUUCAUAAAAUACCAACCGUAUUUGCCAAAAGAUCGUGUAAUCAACUUAACAUUGCCCGAUCUUCUAGUAUGUACUAUAUGUGAUGGAAUUGCUUGGUUGCCAGUAGCUUGUAGAAACUGUGAGAAACCAUUUUGUUUACCUUGCAUUGAAACUUGGAAAACAGAAAGAGAAGACUUGAUUACUUGUCCACACAGUUGUUCAGAAUUUAUUCAACGAGCAUGUCCUCCGUCGAUUAUUCAUAUUUUAAAUACGUUACAAGUAACCUGUCGUUAUAAAACAAACGGAUGUGCAGAGACGCUGUCUUACAAUAAUCUAGAAAAGCAUGAAAAAGGAUGUGGUUAUCGUUUAAUGACAUGCUCUGGAUGCGACGAAAAAAUCGUUCAAAAAGAUUUUCAAGAGCAUGAGAAUAAUUGUGCAUUAGUGUUAUUAACAUGUAAGGAAUGUAUGAGUGUUUAUCAACGACAUCAACAAGAUCAACACACUGAAAUUACAUGUUUACGUGUACAAUUACAUCAACUUCGAGAUCGAAUGACACAAAAAGAGAAAGACUAUAAUGAUAAACAACAUGCACUUGAAAGUCAAGUAAAUGAUCUUAAUCAAAUUCUCGCACAAAUUAGUAUAUAA